AUGGCAAAUUUCUUAAAACUUGAUAUGGACCAACUGAAAACGAUAGCGUCUUCUCUACUUUGGCUUAAUUCCGUCAAUGAUCCGCAUAAAGUGUUUAAGAUGAUAGCAACAGAAGCAUUAAAUGGCAUUGAAUCAGAAUUGCAAGUUUCUUCUAUUAAAAAGUUAGCAGACGACAUCAAUGUUUCAUUUUCGGUUUUAUGUCCAGCAUUCUAUUCUUUAAUUCGCCUUCAUCAACUCGUGGGCAAAGAAACGUGUAGUCCUACCGAACUCUCUACGAUAUUCGCUGGUUUUGGUUUCAAUGAAGAAGUUGCUAAUAUUUUAACUAAUUUCAUUUGCGAGCGUAUUUUGAUAAUAGAACACAUUGGUCGUGGAUCUUUAUCGCAGUACCCUGUUUUGCGCUCGAUAUCAUGUCGAUUUCAAAUUUCUAUCGGCCGGAUGACUUUGCAUAAGUAUCCUUCUGUAUCUAUACAAAUGAGAUUGAAUUUCGACUCCGAAACUCGAACAGUUAUACUCAGUUCGUCGAUGCUUGAUCAAAUAAGUGAAGAACUGCAGCAUUUGUUAGCACAGGCACUUAGGCUAGAUAGAAUUAGUUCAAAUAAAGCCUUAGCUCUUUUGCCCUGA